AUGUCGUCGGGGUUCAAGACGCCGCCGAACUACAGAGAUUCCGCAAAAGCCAACAAAACCGCUGCAGACGCGAUAAUUGAUGUGCUCAAGGAGGGCGGCCAAGAGACAGAGAAAAGACAGGAAGAAGGAGAAUUGGUUGUCGGCAAUUUGCUCAGCGGACGGAAGUUAUACCUUGCUCUGGCAGGCCUCGAUGCCCUCUUAUUCAUUGCCGCGCUAGAUCUGACAAUUAUCGCAACGGUCUACGUGGAAAUUGCCAACAGCUUCAACUCGCUGUCUCGAGCCGAGUGGACAGUGACAUCGUACAUGCUGGCGUCCACAGCAAUCCAGCCGCUCUUUGGCAAGUUCAGCGAUAUUAUGGGGCGCGCCGAGGCCAUUGUUGUCUCGGUGUUAUUGUUUGCCGUGGGCUCUGUUAUGUGCGCAAUGUCGCGCUCCAUGGAUAUGCUGAUUGCCAGCCGCGCAGUGCAAGGGUUGGGCGGCGGCGGCAUUAUGAGCCUGAUAUUCAUAGUUAUUGCCGAUGUGCUGAGCGAGCGCGAGCGCGGCAAGUACAUUGGCGUAUUUACGUGCACAUGGGGGUUUGCCUCGGCCAUAGCGCCGAUUUUGGGCGGUAUUAUCGUGCAGAGGUCCGACUGGCGGCUGAUAUUCUGGAUCAACCUGCCCGUCUGCGCCUUGGCUCUCGGCCUGGUUCUCUUCUUCAUGCGGCUUCCACGGCCCACCGGGUCGAUACGCCAAAAAUUGAAAAAGAUCGACUUCCUCGGCACAACCAUCUUUCUGGCCGGCGCACUGCCCUUUCUUCUGGGCCUCUCGUGGGGCGGGCGCGAGUACAGCUGGACGUCCCCUCUGGUGCUCGGAUGCGUCAUCGGGGGCAUGCUGGCCCUCAUUGUGUUUCUGCUCUUUGAAUGGUAUGUCCCACAAGAGCCCAUCAUUCCGUCGCGGCUACUGGGCGUGCGCAAUGUGGCCCUUUCCGCUGUAGGGCACUUUUUCUACGGCGCAGCGGCCUACGGGCCCAUCGUCUUUGUGCCGCAAUGGGCGCUGAUCGUCCGCGGCGUCAGUGCAAUAUCCGCCGGCGCGCACCUCCUGCCGUUCACUAUCGGCACCAUCGUGACAUCCGUCCUGGGCGGCUUUGUAAUGACACGCACGGGCCGCUACCGCCGCCUGAUUAUGUCGGGCGCCGUUCUCCUGGCCAUCGGCAACUCGCUGCUCGUGCUCUUCGACCAAAAGAUAUCGAUGACCUUGCAAUCGGUCAUCCUGGUGCUCUGCGGACUGGGCGCCGGCGCCUGCAUCCAGCCCAUUAUGAUGGCAGCCCAAGCAUCUGUUUCGGGCCACGAUAUGGCUGCCGUAACCACCCUUUGUGCAUUCCUCCGGUCUCUCGGUGGCAUCAUCUGCGUGGCUGUGCUGAGCUCCAUCAUGCACAGCGUUAUUAAGGACGGGCUGACCGAUUUGGCGAUGGAAUAUCCGCAGUUUAUAUUUACUAUUUUGGAGGUUGCUGAGAACCAGAGUGUCAUCUAUUCGGAUGGCGUGUCGCCCGAGUUGAGGGCCAUGAUUGUGGCUAUAUUCAUGGGUGCUAUGCGGCUGGCGUUCUUUGCGCUGAUUCCGUUCUCGGUUCUGUUGGUUCUGGUUACGCUGGGGUUCAAGCACGCUGAGCUGGGUCGGCAGCGCAAGCAGACUAUUGAAUGA